AGUUGAUAACACAAGUCUAUAAGAUCAUUCCAGAUGUGCAUAAUUGAAUUAGAAAAGGUUUUUUCCUGCCUUGACACUCAGUGGCCCCUCCAGAGAUGACCAGCCCCCGCCGACAGCUGUGCUCGCGCGAGCUUUUUGUGACUUUCUCAGUCUGUAGCAGCAGGUACCAUGGCGUCCGGCGAGGAGGACGGGACUGUCGACGAGAAGGAAACCAACAACAAGAAGAAGCGGACGAAAGGCGCCAUCGCAACGGCAUGGCUCGCGUUCUACAACAUCGCCAUGACAGCCGGGUGGCUUGUACUGGCUGUUUCCAUGAUCCGCUAUUACCUUCAGAGAGGCACCCAUAAAGGCUUGUACAAAACUAUAGCAAGGACACUAAAAUUUUUCCAGACAUUUGCACUAUUGGAGGUUGGACACUGUGCUAUUGGAAUUGUGCGGACAUCUGUAAUUGUGACUGGGGUCCAAGUAUGUUCUCGGAUAUUCAUGGUCUGGUUUAUUACAAACAGCAUCAGACAGAUUCAGAACGAGGAGAGUGUGAUCUUGUUCGUAGUGGUAUGGACGGUUACAGAGAUCACUCGCUACUCUUUCUACACUUUCAACCUGCUCCACCAUCUGCCAUACUUCAUCAAGUGGGCCAGGUAUAACAUGUUUAUUGUCAUGUACCCCUUGGGAGUAAUUGGUGAACUGCUGACCAUACAUGCCGCCUUACCAUAUGUUCGGAGAUCGGGCAUGUUCUCCCUGAGGCUUCCCAACAAAUACAACGUGUCCUUUGACUAUUACUACUUCUUGAUCAUCGUCAUGCUGUCCUACAUCCCAUUGUUUCCUCAGCUGUACUUCCACAUGCUGCGUCAGAGGAGGAGGGUACUUCAUGGAGAAGUCAUAGUCGAGAAGGAUGAGUAGAAAGAAGCCACUAACAAAACCCCAGUCUAUAAUCCCAGCAUUUUCACCACUCUUCCGGUUGUGUUUAAUUUCGCAAGGAUGGAAUCACUUCAAUCGUCAAAGGAGAUUUGAACCAAUUUUCACGGCCAAUGGAGAAGCCUCGUCUGUUUUGACAAAGAGUAUUGGACUGGAAUCUGGCGUUACUAACAAUUAUCUGUACCUCGAGUGUAAUCUCACCUGAUCUGGACUAUAUCGUGGUUUGUGUAGUUACAGCGAUGCUUGGGUAAACCGUUCCAUAAAUUCUAGAUCUCCACUUUGGUUUUCUCAUCCAUGUUCUUGGAUGGACAGAUUAGGGAUUAAAUAAGUGAAUCUUCUUUAUCUUACCUUAUUCAUCUGUUUUAGCAGACAGCCUUUUCAAUACAAUAGCAAAAUCGAGACUAGGCUAUAAUAUAUUAACUUGUGGGACUGACGAAACAGAAUGUAUAAACUGUAUUUUUUUAUCACUUGGCUACUUUAUUUCUCACAUUUUCAUUCACAAGCGAUAGGUAUUAAAAAAGCAUUGCAAUUUAAAUAAACAUUAUAAAUGCAUUAAUAUACACUUUAAGGGGUUUAUCUGUUUAGUGUUUGUGAAAGUAUCGUCAUUAUCUACAUAUCAUGUCAACACGUUGAAGGUUUUCAAUCAUCUUAAGUCUGAGAACUGUAUCUUUAGAAUAAAUACUAGUUAUUUUCAAGAAUGUUUUGUUUUGAAUAUAACACCAGGUGCAAUGUGAUAAAGCAACAAGUGAUAAAAGCUCAUCAACCAUGUUACAUUUUUUGUCCAAACCUGCAGCUGAGACUGUGAAAAGCAACAGAACAUUUUGUCCAUUGAUUGGUUUCUGAUGUUAAAAUCCCACUCCUCAUAUUUGUUUGACUUUGUCCCAAAAUACAAGCAGUUUGGCAUUUAGUUUGGACAGAAAAUUACUUGCUUUGUUGGGAUUUAUUUUUAUUUUAUUUUAUUUUUUUACACUUUUUCAGUAUGCACUAUGAUUAUCUUUGUUGCUUCAGUGUUUACAAUCCAAACUAGAGUAAAUAAACUGGGGAAAGUUUGUACAGGUAGUGCUCUAGAAAACAAGCAGCACAUGUUAGGUUAAUCCAAGACUUGUUGCUAAAACUUUAGCUCAUUUGGCUCUCAGACCUUCUGUGUUGUUGUUGUUUUUUAAUUUAUUAUUAUUAUGUUCUGUAAGAAACUUGAGUUCAUGGCUCUCUUUUGAGUAGAUUCUCUCUACGGUGCUACGUUAUUUUAUUCUUCUGUGCAGCUGAGGAGAGAAAGGGGACAUGGAGUGACAUCAUUAGAUAGAAUUGUGAAGAACAUUUUCAUGUAAUUUAAUUAAAUACCUGGUAAUUGUACUGAAAGAAUAAAGGUUUUGAAGAAAGAAUGAAAGAAACAAUAAAAAGAACUAUGUACUUA